UUAUUUUUUCGCUCAGUCUCUGGUGUGCUUUUAUUUGAUGUAGGAACAGACUGGUGACUAAUGAUCUUACUGAAAUCCCCUAUAUUGAAGAGAUUAACUUUACACAUCUGUGAUACCAGAUACACACAGUGGAAAGUGUCUGUAUUUUUAAAUAAAUUGUGUGUGAUCGUGACUUCACACAAUUUAUUUUACACUAUCAUUUCAGAGCUCCCAGGGUGUGUUAAAAUCCUGUGGGGUUUUGACUGGGGAUCAGAAGUCUGUUCGGAGACCAGCACUAUAUAAGUCUAGCAGGACAUCAAGCAGAUGGCUGAAAGAUUACAGUGAAACGUCAGGUGGGACAAACUCUAAGCAUCAGCACAAAGAUACAGCAGUUUGAAGAAGACAACAUUCAAGGAUAACCACUGCAGCAGCAAUGCAUCUAAAAUAAUUCGCAACUGAGAAGAAUUUCAAUAAUCACUUUACGGCUGACUCCGGCACCAUUUUUGGCACUAGCAAAAUGGCUUGGCUCCACACACUGGCAUUAGCACUGUCUCUUCUCCAGCAAGCUGUCACGUCCCAUGACUCUAACUCAACAACACAACCCUUAAGCCACAACAACCUGAGCAACCAGGCACUUGAUGAGCUUCUGAAAUCUCUACGCACAUCACAUCACACAGGACUGAUUGUGGAAAGAGUGGACAACAGAUUGUCUAAAGAUUUGCUUUUACCCCUUUUGCCCAACUUUAGCAUAAACGAGGGCUCUGGGGAGGGAAGUGGACUUCAGCAAAGCCUUGAGAUUAUAAUGCCCUCUACUGGUCCACUGGAAAUGGACAUGUUAAUUCCAGACAGACCAGAGAAACAAGAUUUAGAGAAGCAAGAAUCAGGUGCUCACCCUUCUCUUCCAGUUGCAGAAAAACUAACUCAACAUAUUGAUCAUGAGGAGGAGGAUAUAAUUUUAGAAGGAAAUAACAGUGCUCCUGAUCAAGCUACGUCUACAGUGACUACACACACCUACAUAAAUAACAAUGAGAGAAUGGACAAAGACCAAGCAUUGUUGACAACCACCAAACCAACAACAGGAACAAAUACUACAACGAACUUUACUGCUAAUUUAGAUUUGCAGACAUAUGAUACUGAAGUACAGAGGAACAAUAAUGAAGAUAUGAAGACUUUGCAGGAUACAAAGUAUGUUGCAUCCACACAGAAUUUACAGAGCUCUAUAACAAAGCCUGAAACCUCAGGAAACAAUGGCACUGUUGUGAUGCAGCCUGACACCAUCCAAGAGCCCCCUCAGAAUCUCUUAGUGGGAAAGGAACGUUAUGUCACCAACCACCCGCCUGCUGCCACACCCACAUUACAGGCUGGUAAGGACACGCAUGAGGAGACUACAUCUGGUUUACCUGUGGGGUCAUCAUCUACAGCUUCAUCUCUUUUGCAGACAAGAAACAUAGCCGCAGAUAAAGAUGACCCCAAAAACAAAGAUGUUGAAAAAUGGUUUAGAAGUUUGUUUGGAUUGCUAUCAGAAAAAGACUUGUCUGGAUACAUAGGCACAUGCAUACUAGGCCCAUGUGUAGUCUCCACCAGUGGGAAUGUGACCCGGCUACAGUGGGAGGACUUGAAACGGACAUUAUCCUUUGCUUGGGAGCUCCAUGUGUUUGGUUCAGCUGUGCUAUUUCUGUUGAUGGCGGUUGCUGCAACUUUCGGAUUGAUCGGCGGAUUUAAAAUGCUCCAUCCCUUUCGCCAGGCCUUUACCCUUGCAAAUGCUCUUCUACUGCUAGCUGGUUUUCUUCGAUUUGCCCAGCUCAUAAUUGACCCAUACGGUACCAGAAACAUUCUGCCUAGACCUACCCUCACUGCUUUGUAUAACCUACCUGUUCCGUUAUUGCUCUGGGCCCAGGCCACGUUGGCUCUUCUUGCUCAGAGAGAAGAAACAUCUUCUCAUCGACUCUCGGCGACUGGGGGACUGGCAGCACUUCACUGUACCUCGCUCCUGUUUGCUGACCUGCUAACCAAAACUUUGUCUCCAACAUUGCCGUUAAUGCUCCAGACGCUUACUGUCUGCUGGGGGCUACCACUUUGUUUAGGAAUUUUCUUCCAGUCUCUAAAGAAACUCUGCACUUCCCAAAGGACCCCAUUUCCAGGGUGGAGUGCCCCCAAGCGCUUAGAAAACAGCGUUAGGCGUGUACUGUUGCUAUGCACUAUCCUCGGAGUCCUCUCCUGUGUUCUGCAAACCUACAGUUUCCUCUGGCUGUAUGGGUUACUUGGUGAUUGGCGCAGAUUUGGAUGGGGCUGGUGGCUCGGGCAACUCUCAGCACGACUGUUUGAGUUGGCCUGGAGCUUUUCUCUUCUACUGCUGGGAUCUCGAGUGUUCUGGAAACCACAAGCAAGUAAGCAGACAGUUAAGAGAACGAAGAAGGGGAAAAGGGGGUCAAGUUGGAACAGGCUGUUGGACAGGUUACCAAUGGGGCCUUGGAGGAGACCAGAUAGAAGCUGGGCUAAACUGUUGCCAAAUAACUGGAAAGGUCGUAAGCAGUUUAGUGCAAAUGUCAGCCAGUCAGCGAUCCAAAACCCUGCAACUCCAACAACCUCAGUCAUGUCUGGGUAUGACAAUUCUGAAGUUAUUGGCGGAGGAGUCAUGUACAGCAGCAGUUACCACUAUCAUGCCUCUCCACUGUGGACAAAUGGUAUAGAAUGGCAAGACCAUGAGUGCUUUCUCUCACUUAUUGAAUUUGACCUUCACCCUCCUUCUCCUGUCAACCUUCAUCACAGCAUUGAUAGUGCCCUCCAUCAUGCUCACUUGCUUGGUGUAGGUACUAUUUUCACACCUUCAACAGCCACCUGGACUCAGAACGAGCGGUUAGGUGGACCACGUUGCAAUGAUGUUGACUCACCCACCGCCACAGCUAACAAAGCCUAUAGGUGGGCUUUAGAUGCUGGCUCAAGUCCUAAUUCUCCAGAGCAUCUUGGGACUACAUUACAGCAGGCUCAAGUGUCUGUGAUUGAACCCGUGGCUUCUUUUACUCCAGAGACCAUUAGAAAAGUGUGGGAGAGAGAUACAGCCAUCCCGAGGGUCACUGUAGAUGACUGCACCAGCAUAGCAAGUGGAGAUGACAUCACUAGUCUUUGAGCUACUAACAAGUUUAGCACUUUAGCACUUUCCACCUGCAAAAUAGCAGAAUUUUAAACAGACACUGGAAUCUAUCUAUUUAAGUAAUUUGAUACCUAUAUUUUUAUUAACUAGAUUGUAAUGGAUAAGGUAAAAAGGAGGGGGUUUUCCUUUUUUUAGACCCCAGUUAAAAAUAAAGACAUUUUGCUCAUUGUCAUGGCAUUAGUCAUACAUCAAGAACUAACCAAAACCUUUUAAGACUAAAAGUACCUCCUAACUUGCCGAUUUAGAAAAAAAUUCUUAUCUCUUAUGUCCAAAAAUAACGUCCAUAUUUACUCCCAGGGCCAUUUAUAUCAAAGUUUAUAUUUAGCCACAUCAUGUUGGUGUUUUGUAACAUCCAAUUUUUAUGAAGUGGGUUGUUAGCCUGAUGCUCAACCACCAACCUGGAGGACUAGAACAUACACACAUACACUACGGACAAUUUAGCUUACCCAAUUCACCUAUAGAGCAUG